CCUGAAAAGUAUCCAUCUACAUAGUACAUUCGACACCUAGCCUACUUUUACGUACACUCACUUAAAGAUUUCAUUUGAUGUACUAGAUAUUUACGAAGAAGGAAUUUACAGAUAAAUACGAUAUUCAAUAUGCCUAAAGGCAAGUGGAUCGACAAGAAGACAGCCCAGCACUUCACGCUGGUGCAUCGUCCCCAAAACGAUCCUUUAAUCCACGAUACCGAGUCGCCGUCUAUGAUAUUAAACCCAACUGCCCUCCCAAAUGCUUCCAAAGUGCGAAAACUCGAUGAUCUGGCAUCCGAACUAGGAUCCGACGCCGAGCGGAUCCGCGCAAACGAAGGAGAGGCUGCGAAUUAUGGCGUAUACUUCGACGACACCGAAUAUGAUUACAUGAAACAUUUGCGAGACCUAGACUCCGGAAAUGGUGCCGGUGAAGUCGUUUUCGUGGAGGCGGAUAGUGGAAACAAGAACAAGAAUAAAGGCAAGCAGAAGCAAAGCCUAGAAGAUGCACUGAGGAAAUUGGAUGUUGAAGAUGAGGAGCGUAAGAAGGGUGAAUUGUUUGGUGACGACUUCUUGCCGUCGAAAAACCUGCAACACAUCACAUACCAAGCCCAACAAGACAUCCCCGAUGCUAUUGGCGGAUUCCAACCAGACAUGGACCCGCGACUACGGGAAGUGUUAGAGGCGCUAGAAGAUGAAGCGUAUGUUGAUGACGACGAAGAUGUAUUCGCUGAAUUGGCCAAGGACGGUAAAGAAUUAGACGACAUCGAAUUCGAUGAGGAAUUCGAUGAAGAUGAUGGUUGGGAAUCAGACGACACCGCCAAGCCCACCAAGGAGUAUAAGGACCCCUCCGAAGCCCCAGAAUUAGUCCCCGCCACGGAUGGUGAAGAUGGCGGCGCGGCGGUUAAAAACGAGAACUGGCUAGAAGACUUCAAGAAGUUCAAAAAGGACCAGGGUAAAUCCAGUUCAAAACCCUUUGCAGCUGCGCCUUCACAAUCAGAUCUUCAAUCGUCGCUCAUGACAACCACUACUAAUGGCGGUCGACGGAAGAAGCGUAAGGGUGCAUUGACGAGCCAGUCAGGUUACUCGAUGACGUCCGCAUCACUGGUUCGAACUGAGCAACUUGGUAUCCUUGACGCCCGCUUCGAAAAGAUCGACGAACAGUACAAUGAAGGUGACUUCGAGGACGGUGAUGAUGCAGCGUCAAUGUCCCAAGUAUCAGCUGUAUCUAGCGUUACAGGUCCUGUCCGAAAUGAUUUCGACAACAUUCUUGAUGACUUUUUGGGAGGCUACUCAAUGCACGGGAAGAAGCAGUUGAAGAAGGGUAAAUGGAAGAGUGGUACCGCACAGCUCGAUGAGAUCAGGAGGGAACUUGGUCCCGCUAGGGUAAGCGGUAGAUAUAGUCAACCGCAAGGGGCUCCAGCAUCCGCGUCGGUGUCUAGAUGAGAAAAGUUUUGAUAGAUACCCCCAGCAUAGAACCCACAGUUAAUAAUGUACCCAAAUGAGCAUAUGAUUGAUACCAUGAGUA